UAAAAGAUCUGGGAGGGAGGCAGAAGCUACCGGGUAGAAAUUCCGACAAGAAAUUUGGAAGUGUCGCUCAAUUGUCAAGUUUCUACUGGACGUCAUUUGUUGUUUUCGCCUGGACAUCAGGUAGAAUUGUUCUGGGAGUGACCAACUGGGAGCCAUAACUUUGAGUCCAGAGCAGGAGACUGGGGUGUAGGUCAUGGCAGGUAGAGGUGGAGCUACGAGACCUAAUGGGCCAAAUGCCGGCAACAAGAUUUGCCAGUUCAAACUAGUGCUGUUAGGAGAGUCUGCUGUGGGGAAGUCCAGUCUUGUCCUCCGCUUCGUCAAAGGCCAGUUUCAUGAGUUUCAGGAAAGCACAAUAGGAGCUGCCUUCCUGACACAGACAGUGUGUUUGGACGACACGACGGUGAAAUUUGAAAUCUGGGACACGGCUGGUCAAGAACGCUACCACAGUCUGGCACCCAUGUACUACAGAGGGGCACAGGCAGCCAUAGUGGUGUAUGACAUCACAAAUGAAGAGUCAUUUGUGCGAGCAAAGAAUUGGGUGAAAGAGCUUCAGAGACAAGCCAGUCCAAAUAUUGUAAUAGCCCUGGCUGGAAACAAGGCAGAUCUUGCAAACAAGAGAGCACUGGACUUUCAGGAUGCACAGUCUUAUGCAGACGACAACAGUUUGCUGUUUAUGGAAACGUCAGCAAAGACGUCGAUGAACGUGAAUGAAAUAUUCAUGGCAAUCGCGAAGAAACUACCUAAGAGCGAACCACAGCCUGCGGGCGCAAACAGCGGGCGAAACAGAGGAGUGGACCUAACAGAGACCGCCCAGCCCACGAAAGGCCCCUGCUGCAGCAACUAAGCACCUCC